AUGAUAUUUUCAUUUCGUUUUUUUAUGAAUGAAUUAUCGAAGCAAGUCACUGAACUAUAUAAUCCUCAUAGAGGACAAAAUUUAAACGAUAAUAAUGCACACAUAAUACACGUUUAUCACGGUCAGGCCAUUGCUAAAGAAGAAUUGAAACAAAUGCAACAGGGUAUUGGUGGUUUUAUCUCAAUUAAUAGUUUCUUCUCAACAAGUCGAAGUGAAACAAAAGCUAAAUCAUUUGCUAAAGAAGCAAAGAUUACUGAACAUAUACGACGUAUACUAUGGCGAAUUACAAUUGAUUGUUGUUUGCCAACAAAAACCUAUGCUGAUAUCGAACGUUUUAGUUUUUAUAAAACCGAAAAAGAAAUCUUAUUUAUUAAAGAUGAUUUUGAAUUAAAAGAAGUGUUUGCGUAUAUGAAAAAAGAUAUUGGAGAUGAAACAUCUAUGGUUUCAUUAGGAAAUAUUUUAGUUCAAAUGGGCGAAUAUGAUAAAGCUGAAUAA